AUGGCCGCAGAAGAAGAUCAUGAUGAUUUGAGCUUAUUUCACCUGGCCACUGCAAAACUAUCCGAUGCCCAAAAACUUACUGAUGAAGCUCACGACUUGUUGAAGCAGGACCUUGAAAAGGUCAGGGAAGAAAAAUCGAAUUUUGAAAAGAUGAUCAAAACACUAAAUCAGGUCCACUUUGCCAGCACCGUCAAGUUAAACGUCGACGGAAAGAUAUACAAGACAACACUGAAUACACUGCGAAAGGACCCGAAUUCCAUGCUGUGUGCGAUGUUUUCUGGGAGGUAUGAAGUCAAAGCUGACGAGGAAGACGGAGCUUAUUUUAUCGACCGCGAUGGUAAACCAUUCCGGUAA